AUGACUACUGUGGGAACCUUGAUUGAUAUUGCAGCGACGGCAAUUGCUGGAAUGCCACUGCGUCAAUUUGUGGAAGACGUUAGCCUCCGUGUGAAUUAUCUAUUCAUUGAUGAAAACUUUCAUUACCCACAAUUAAAGACCAUCUUGAGUGGCGAUUAUACAUCUUGGGAUUCCAAAAUUACCACUCCGCCGGGGCUAUACUAUUUGACGGCAUUAUAUGCUAAAUUAAGCAAUGUCCAGGUCAACCUGGCUAACAUGAGAAUGUUCAAUUAUCUGGGCGGCUUAUUUUUGGCCACAUUGUUAAUCUCUAUCAGAAGAAAUAUGAAGAACCCUGGUUUUGCCAGUGCAAGCAUCUAUCUAAACCCACUAAUUGCAAUUUUCUAUUCAUUGUAUUAUACUGAUGUUUGGGCAAGUGCUGUUGUUAUCGCAGCGUAUGCCAUCAUACUCCAGAGACCCGUUGGUUUCAAAUUCACAGCUUGGCUAUCUGCCAUGAUAGGUUUGUUAUCGGUAACUUUCAGACAAACAAAUAUUGCAUGGUGUGUUUUCUUACUUGCAACUUUGAUUGAUGCCAAGUGUAAAGUUGACGGUAUAUAUAGGUAUGAAAAUGAAAUUGACGAUUUUGUUACUUUCAUCAAAACAGCCCUGAAAAACUUUGAUAUUAUUCUUCCAUAUGCAAUUACUGGAGGAUUGUUUGUUGGGUUUUCGGUAUUGAACGGUGGUGUUGCCUUGGGAGAUAAGGAAAAUCAUGUGUUGGUACCACAUCUAGCUCAGCUUUGUUAUUGUGCGACUUUCAUUGUUGCACUUACCGUACCUCAAUGGUUUUCUUUAUCUAUACUUUUUGAGUACGUUGGUGACAAUUUUUUGACUAUUAAAGGAUUGUUAUUCAAUGCAACCUGGAUUCCAAUUUUGAGUAUGAUGGUCUACAACUUCACUAUUGUUCAUCCUUUUGUUCUUGCAGAUAAUAGACAUUACACUUUCUACAUAGUUCACCGGUUUAUUACCAGGACUGAAAAUUCGAGGAUGCAGUUGGUUCCAAUAUACCACUUCUCAUGCUAUGUGAUUUACAAAAUGUUCAAGCAAAACGAAGUGAAACACUUAACUUCAAAGGUAGUAUAUCAUGCGUUCUUAGCAUGUACGCUCAUUUCAGUUUGCCUCUCGCCAUUAUUUGAGCCAAGGUAUUAUAUUUUGCCAGUAAUUUUCUACAGAUUAUUAACAAGCACGAGUGACAGGCCGUUUUUAGGACUUCCACUUUUAAGAAAAUAUAAUGUUGGAAUUAGGCUUGUUCUGGAAGUUUUUUGGAGUUGGUUUUGGACACAGGCAAUAUAUAUCAUCUUCUUGCAAUUCACAUUUGAAUGGGAUGAUUUACCUGACUUACAGAGAAUCAUCUGGUAG